UGUUUUCUUAGCAGUUGUUCUUCUUAGCUCAAAUGGUUUAUAUGAAUAACAUAACUUUUUUUUUUUUUUUUGCUUAUGAAUAAAUCUGAUUGAUUUGGUUAUUUGUUAGUAAAUUUCCUUGGGAGAUAGGAUCCACGUGCUUAAAUUCAUUUUCUGUUGAUAUAAGGAGGAGAUUGUGGCGGUUUGGAGAGCCGUAGGUGGGAUUGGAUGAUCGGAGUAUGGAUACCGGGAGAGGACCGGAGAGGAGAUCAGAGUAAAAGAGAGUUGAGAACCUUUUUUAAAAAGUGAAGGUGUCUUGGUCCCUUUUUCCGGUGCUCGUAAGCGUUCUCUUUGAUAGUUCCUAAGGUGACAGGUGGCACCUCGGGAAUUACUAGAGAGAACCCUUAUAGGUUUUAGGGGUACCAUGAAAAGUGAUCAUGACACCUUUUCUAAAAGAGGCUCUCAACUCUUUUCUGCUCUGAUCUCCUCUCCGAUCCUCUCCCUGUACCCAUAUUACGAUCUUUCGGUUUCUGCUGUUCCUGAUGGCUUGCAGGCAUGGGAGAUGCUAAAAGCAAAACCCCAUAACAUUGAUCUCAUAUUGACAGAAGUGGAUUUGCCAUCUAUAUCGGGAUUCGCUCUUCUCACGUUGAUCAUGGAACACGAGAUUUGUAAAAGCAUCCCUGUUAUAAUGAUGUCCUCACAAGAUUCGAUUAGCACGGUAUACAAAUGCAUGUUGAGAGGGGCUGCUGACUAUCUUGUUAAGCCACUAAGAAGAAAUGAGCUGAAAAAUUUAUGGCAGCAUGUAUGGAGAAGACAACAAUUGAUAGCCAGUGGAAACACCCCUCAGGACGAGAGCGUUGGGCAGAAAAAGGUUGAAGCUAUAUCUGAAAAUAAUGCUGCAAGCAAUUGUUCGAGUGGUUGUUUGGUUGGAGGUGAAAGAAAUAAGGAACAAACCGAGAAAGGGAGUGAAGCUCAGAGCACAUGUACAAAACCAGACAUGGAAGCUGAGGAUGCAAACAUGGAAAAUAUGCAGGAAUUUUUGCUCUUGCCGAGUAAUUCUCAGGAGCACGAAGUUCAGACGAAUUUCAAUCAGAGACUGCUCGUGCAUGAGAAGAAAACUGGGGCAGUUGGUGCUUGCAAGGAUACCGAGAUCUUGGUUGAGGCCGGUGAUGCCCUUGGUGAUUCACCAAGAAAAGCUAUUGAUUUCAUGGGAACAUUCGAUAGAAAUUGCAAUUCUUCUUUGAUGAAUAGCACAAGUAAGGUCGGAUCUUUGACACACUUGGAUUUUUCGUUGGGACGAUGUUAUCCUAAUGCAUUCGAGAAUCAUGCUACUCGAGAAAAGCCUACCCUUUGGCAUCCUAAUUCUUCAGCCUUUACAAGGUACUCUAGCAGGCCAUCACAGCCCCUGCAAUCAACGCUGACAAGUGCAAGUGAUCAAAAGAAAGAGUCCGGAACUGAUUCUGAGAAGAUGUUGCCCAAUAGUAUUUCUGAGUAUAACUCUGACACUGCUAGUCCGACACUAACUCCUCAGAGAAACACGAACCCUUUGACAACCGGAACUACUGGUCAAUUGAAGCAAACUGAAGUAGUGGCCUCAUGCACACAACAGGUAAUAUUGCCUGUUCUAGUACCAAGUCCGAGCUUAGCCAACCAAAAGGAACUUGCCUGUUGUGUGAACCCAUUUCACCAUCCCAGUUUUAAAAGCAACUCAUCCGGACAGUUUUACGAUCGACUUGCCUCUAACGCAAACCAGUUAACCAACCAACCUUUGCAGAAGUUGGACCAAAAGAUGAAUUCAACCGAGGAUAGAGGACACAUUUCCCCUACCACCGACCAGAGUGCAACCAGCAGUUUCUGUAACGGCUCCUUAAGUCAACUUAAUGGUAUUGCAUAUGGAAGCAGUGCUGCAAGUAAUAACAGUAAUAUCGAGCAGGUAGCUGUUGUCCGAGCUUCUGCAGACAGCAAGAACGACGAUGUUUUCCCCAGUCCUACCGGAAAUUCGCAUCGUUCUAUCCAAAGAGAGGCAGCUCUAACGAAGUUCCGCUUGAAGCGGAAAGAUAGAUGCUUUGAGAAAAAGGUCCGUUACGAGAGCCGAAAGAAACUCGCGGAACAGCGUCCAAGGGUUAAAGGUCAGUUUGUUCGUCAACCACAAGCUGAUCCGUCCCAUUACGGUAAUUCAUCCGAUGGGUAGCUACGAGUUUUUUAAACCGAGGAGAUGCCAUUGUACAUAUUUAUAGCUUAGUAAGUAUACUAUUUGGUUACCUAAAAGAGGUUGCUAUAUAUACUUAUUGUAACAUAAUAUUUUGAGCUUGUUUUCGCAUUAGGGGAUUGAUUGCCUUUGGUCAUUCUUUAUUGGUUUACCUAGUAGGACAUGUACUUAGGGCUUUUAACUCGGUUUUAUACAUUCAUCUUAAAGAGCUAAUAGGUAACGUAGAAAUUCGAGUUUAAA